UUACUUAAUUGCUUGUCGUCCAAAUUAUACAUCAAUUGUCGUUUGGAAACAUUCGAUAAAUUUCUCGCAUCGCUAAUCAUGGCUUCGGGAAUAUUAAGCUUUUACAUGAACGCCCUUAUGGCAGGGCUGCUUUCAAUUAAACAACAGCCGGGACCAGUCAUUCAACAAAUUGGGUUACAGACCGAUGCGGGCUGGCAAAUUUGUAGGAGCUCUUUUCUCAACGUUGGCAAUUAUUGUGAUCAAUUUGAUAACCGAAUGGAUCUGGCGUUAUCUCGGGUGCAUGACGCGAUUAAUACGGCGAAACACGAUCUCGUCAGAAUCGGGUGGAUCAGAGGGGGCCGACUUGGCGGUUUCGACCCACCCCCCUCGGAUCAAGUGCAACAGGAAAUUGACGACCUUAAGCAGAACAUUAUCGAUCUGCAAAAUCAGUUGGCCCAAAUUAACAAGUCCGGUCAAAUUGAUGACGUCGAUGGUAAAAUUGCCACCCUACAAGACGCCAUUGCUCAACUCACCGUCAAAAUGGACACUCUGGUCAAGGAUGCAUCUGACCGGUUUACCGAUGCGGUAAAGCAACUUCAAGACUCUUUAGCGUCUUUAACCGCGUCGACACAGAGUUUGAAAAUGGAGGUGGCGAAUCUGGAGCAAGAUUUGGAAAGUACGGAAAUCGUAAAUAUUAUGGGCGACAUUGUGGAUGGGGCGACUUCCGGGACGGCGUACAAGUAUGAGCACGGCUCGUUCAAAGGGACUUUGACCACCGUGCUGUCGACCAUUAUUUCUCUGGCGUAUGACGAAGUUUUGGAUGAUAACACGUUUUUCCUGAAUAUUAUGAAAUUUCUGAGCUUUUUGAAGGAUAAAUAUAAAUUACCUGGUUGUCAAUUCCUGUACGUUACCGUAAUCGCCAACGGCCACCUUUACAAUAGAGGCAACGCCUUCAUGGUGGCACGAAUGAUUGCACAACUUGCGCAAUCUGACGACCCCAGCGUGGCGUCGGGCGCAGACACUUUUCUCAAAGUGGUCGUUCAUCCCAUUAUCACCUCUGUUGUACGGUAUCCAGACACCGGAACUAGCGAAGUUUGCGGACCCACGUGCCAAUUAGUAAGAAACGGAGAUAAACUACAAUUCGAUAAGAAUUUCAACGACUUUACCUACCAAUUUGACACCGAUUACGCCAAGGCUUACAUCCUCCCGGACCACUGCGCCAUUUCCGAAGGGGUAAUCCACAGUGGGGCAAGCGGGGUCAAAAUUCCUGUCCUUUUCUGUCUCACAUUGAACUCGGGGAGUCGUCUUUACAUCAAAUUCGAGUCAUACUCCGACCCGACCGAUAAGAUUGAUUGGGAUGGGGCACAACUGGACGGAAAUGAUAACACGGUGUGCGAACGGGUGACAGAUUCUGAUAUCGGGAACACCUUUUCCGGUGGAAAGGGAACCAAGUGGUACGCCUUUGAUAAGGAUUUGUUGUGCAAAUAUGUACCCCAGUAAAUCGAAAUGAAGAUGCAUUUGUCAAAAUUCACUUUUAAAUAAAUUCCAGAAAAAAAUUGAUUCAGAAAAGCGCAUAUGUAAACUUGAAUGUAUUUAGAUACAUAUUUAGUAAAAUAACUUAUUAUUGAA